AUGUCGAAACGUGAGGGUGAUACGCCGGAUACCGGUGAUGAAGGGCAGAAGAAGCCCGCUAAGAAAGGGAGGCUUGCGGGAUUGCUGGGGAAUAGAGGGACGAAAGCGCUUCCGACUGGGAGGAAAUCUAUUUCUACUACGACGCCGGUCUCGCCUGAGAAAGAGGCAACCGAAGAUGUUCGGCCUGAUGGUCCCUCUGUUGAUACUACGAGGGUGUCCCCAAGGAAGAGCUCGAGAGGGGAGUCUACUAAGACUUCAGAAACGGUGCAGCCGAAGAGCGUUUCAGCGCGAACAAGAAGGAAGUGUUCCUUGGGAGAGAAGUCCUCCGCCAGCAAGAAGAGCACCUCUACAAGGAGUGUAAAAGGGAAAGGAAGAGCCAAAACACCUUCUCCCAAAGUAAGUCCCAUCUAUAUAUAUCUCAUCUGUGUCGUCGUGACUAAUUGAUGAAAUAGGCACCACCAGGACCGUCACAGGAUGAGGAUAAUCCCUUCAGGGAGGACACUAAUACGAGAGAGGAGGAAUCGGAGCCGGAUUCUGACUCUCAACGGGAUCCCGCGAAGGGUGGGAAAGUAAGACAGGACACGGUUCCUGAGGAUGUUGAUACUACAAUGGUCGAUCGGCCUGAUGACGAGCCUGAAAGCGAAGUCGAGACUACAGCAGUUGAUCAAGGGGAUGACGAGCCAGAUACUGAACCCCGAACCACGGUCAGAUCUCCAUCUCCAGAAAGCGAGGAUGUCGAAAUGGUUGCUCAGCCUGGCCCCGAUGAUCAAUCAGAUAGCGAACCAAGAGCCGCGGUCAUACCCCCCGAUUCAGAUGAUAGCGAACUCCGAACCACGGUCCGACCUCCCGAUUCAGAUGAUGAGUCAGAAAGCGAGGGACUCGAAGACAUUGUGGUUGCUACGCCUGGUGAUGAUGGUGAUGAUCCUGUUGCUAGUGAUAGGGAGGAGAGCACAGGGCUUAAGACUAAGACUACUACUACUAGAGGUGGUAAGAAAACCGUUCCGACAAAAACUACCGGUGGUAAGAAGACCGUUACCACAAAAGCUACGGGUGGGAAGAAGACCGUUACGAUAAAAGAACCCACUCCGAUCAAAACUAGGGGUGGUAAGAAAACCCCUGCGACAAAGACUAGGGCAACGGCGGGUACUAGAAGAUCAAGCCGGAUUGCUGCUGGUGGUGCUCCUGGGGGCGGUGAUGACGACAGUAGCAGCAGUAGCAGCGAUGAUGGUGCUGGUGGUGCUGGAGGAAGAGGCGGACAAGGUACUGGACGAGGAGGCGGGCGGGGAAGAGGCGGCGCGAGAGGAAGAGGUGGUGCGCGAGGAAGAGGGGCAGGAAAUAUGGCGAACGGCGGUGUAGAAAGAUGUGAAGGAAAGACGAAGAAAACCAACUUCAAAAGACGUUGUAAGCUGAGAAAGCGAAUGCCUCGAAAACGGUAUUGUCAUCACCAUAGACCGAAUGACUGGCAACCUCUGGUUCCCGAUGACAAUGCUGAUAGUGAUGGUGGAUCUGAUUCUCAAUUCGAUAGUGAGCUUGAUCGGAUGAUUGGGGCGACUUAUCGAGAUGAGCCUACUUCGGAAGAAGGCGGUGAUGAGGGAGGAAAUGAUCAGGGAGGUGAUGACCAGGGAGGCGAUGAUUAG